AACACGGCGGAUUUUAGACUGAAAGAUGUGGAGUGGGCUGUUGCCUCCUGGUGUGAAUGAAAAUGAUGUUGACUUGAGUUCUGAUGAUGGAGACCCAGCGGAUGGCCCUAUAUCUUGCUCCAAGGAAGAUAAAGGAGAUGAGGAUGUCAAAGGAGUUCAGGUUUCUGAUUUUCAGACAAAUAGACCUGAGAGUAUCAUUGAAAGUAAAUCCAUUCCUAUAGCAGUGGCAGAUGGACAAAAUGAAUGUUAAGAAUGCCCUUCUGGAGUUUCUUUAAAAAUGUGGAAUAAAUUUCAGGAGCUGCAGAAGAAAAACUUGGAAAUGAAAGUCCAAACAAAUCAGGGAAACAGGGGGAAAAAGAGAAAACGUUACAGAAAAGAAAAACUGAAAAAGAGCAUAAAAGAAGUGAUUGAAAGUCAACAGUCUUCAAAUGAAGGUCAAUGGAAGGAACUCUCACAAUACUUUGGAAUUAAUGAUAGGUUUGAAUCUCUUGUGAGCAACAAGGCUGCCCAAAAGUCUGGUCUUGAAGUCAGCAUAGACAAGUCUGUGACUGAAGGGGAUAUUGAGAGAGCAGAGGAACUGAGUAAUAGAUUAGCCACUCGUGAGCUCGGCGUGAAAAUUGCUAAAGCUGUUGCUUGUCGCAACUUUGUAAAAGCCAAGCAAGAUACGGAGGCUUCCCAAGAAGCUCGAAAGAAAAAGAAGCUUGCCUGGGGAUUUGAAGCGAAGAAAAGAUGGGAAACAAAAAGCAACAUGGGAUACAUGUAGUUCUGUCUUGAUCUCAUCUGAAAGUAAAGCUGUUUAAAAUAUAAUUAUUGGGGGUUUAA